GGUAAGAAACUAUUAGGCUGCAGCGUCUUCAGGGACCAGAGGAAAAAAAAAUCAAGAAAAUUGAGGUCCACAACUACAGCCUGUUUAAGGUGAAAGAGCAGACUUUUUUGGGGAAUUUCUCCUUCACUUUUUUGUGUUUAAAGAAGAUCAACUAAGUUUGCAUUCGCGCCAAUGAAAGUUCGAUAAAAAAAAAAAAAAUUGUCCCGGCUGCAGAGAGCGCUGGGCCAAACUUUUAAUUACUUCUCGUUGGAGUAAGAAGUUACGGGUCACGUGAAUUGUCUAAAAAAACAGUAAAGGAAACUUAUAAACAAAUCCCCCCAAUAAAGAAAAGAGAUUAAGAAAGAGAGAAAAAAAUAAAAAAAUACAAAUAAAAACAAUCAAGAAGAGAACACGAUAAAGAUUCUGUAAAAAGAACGUUUCUAUUCAUUUCGAACGUUACGCCGUGACGUGUGAUGUGAGUGUGGGUUUGGCAAUGGUUGCGGCGGAGAGAUAGAGUCGUAUUGUGUUAUACGAUUAAACUUUCAAAUUCCAGCGAAGGAAACAAGCUUUAAAAAUAAGGAUAAGAGUUAUAAUGAUCUGUAUAUUAGGUCCAUAACCACUACCUUGAUAGAACGAUCAGGUGUGGAAAUUAAUAGUGAAGAGGAAGAAUCCACCUGCGAGGACUACCAAAGACCACAACCACCUGUCUCAACCCAAAACUUGUCAAAAUCUAAGCAAAAAACAACAACCUGACAAGUUUAUACCAAAAGGGAGAACCACAGGACUACUAAAGAGGACGACCACCUGUCACAACUAACCCGCGAGACGACCUUGCAGACAACCAGCUGUCAAAAUGGCCUCAGACAAGAUCCAGCGAACUCUUGCCAUGGUGAAGCCCGACGCUAUCAGCCGCUUUGCAGAGAUUGAGAAGAUCAUUCUCGAAGAAGGAUUUACCAUCGUUGAGCGCCGUCGGGUGAGGCUAACGCGAGCGGAGGCAGCGGAGUUCUACAACGAGCAUCGAGGCAAAUCCUUCUACGAGCCGCUGUUAGAGUACAUAACAUCUGGCGAAGUUCUGGCUCUUAUUCUGGCUGGAGAGGAGGCCAUCACCCACUGGCGGAGGCUGCUGGGGCCCACGCGGGUGUCCCAGGCCCGGCAGGAAGCUCCGGAGUCCAUAAGGGCGAGAUUCGGAGACCACGCCAACGACAGCCACAAUGCCGCCCACGGGUCCGACUCGCCCACCUCCGCCCAGAGAGAAAUUAAGUUCUUCUUCCCUGACUUGACCCUGGAGCCCGUGCUGACCGGCGAGGGAGCCAAGGAGUACCUCAGUCAUGCUGUGUCACCCACGCUUGUCAGAGCCCUCACCGAACUCUGCAAGGUCCGCCCCGACGACCCCAUCGUGUGGCUCGCGGACUGGCUCCUCGUCAACAACCCGAACAAGUCGUCGGGGAAUUAAGAAUCUCAUCCCGGAAUGUGCAAAGGAGGCUGAGCCGCGGACAGACAGGGUGGGCUGGACGCGUGCGGCUCGGCGCUGUCCGUACACUUGACUGAUAGUUGGUCGGAUUCAUUUAUAUAUAUAUAUAUAUAUAUAUAUAUAUAUAUAUAUAUAUAAUAUAUAUAUAUAUAUAUAUAUAUAUACAUAUCCAGGUUCGAUGGUUCGAGAGUUCGAGUCCCCUGACUGGCCCGUUGUUCCCUUAGGCAAGGAACUUUACCUUGAUUGCCCAUUGUAAGAGCCACCUGAGGGGCAAGCCAGCCCUUGUGGGUGCCGGUCCCAAGCCCGGAUAAAUAGAGAGGCUUGGUGUCAGGAAGGGCAUC